AAAACAUAUAUAUAUCCUAGUAUGCUUUCACCUCCAGCUGGCCAAUUUGAAAGCAGAGAAGAGCUUCUUUUACAUGUUCAAAACUUUCCUAAAACUCUAGAAUAUGCUAUAACAACAAAAAGGUCACAGUCGAAUGUAAAGGGUGAAAUCAAAAACAAGAUGUUAGUUUGUGAUAAAAGUGAUUAUUACAGGAACAGAUUAAAUUUGACAGAAAAUUCAUGCUGCAAACAAACCUCUUUAAAACUUUUGAAUUGUCCAUUUGAACUUUUUGGAACCAGACAUGAUAAUACUUGGUAUUUUGAGGUUCGAAAUCCUGAACACAAUCAUGAGGCCUCUGUGGAUAUGUCUGUCCUUCUCGAUGAACUGAGAGGAUCAGAUUUUGAAUUUGAAUACCAUAAUGAAUCUGAAAUAGAAUAUGAGUGGGCUUUGACUUGUAUAUCAAAAAGUUUUAGUAGAUUGUCUUCUCCUAAAGUUAUUGUUACCGACAGGGAAUUAGCACUGAUGAAUGCCAUUAAUAAAGUAUUUCCUAAAGACUGGAAUGAGUUUUUAAGAAUGUGGCAAUUAGUAACUGAUAAGUUUUUAAAAUGUUAUGAAAACAAACCUGGAGCUAUAAAGUACCUUCAAGAAACCUGGAUGCCAUAUAAAGAAUGUUUUGUCUCUGCUUGGACUGAAAAUUACCUGCAUCUUGGUAAUAAGGUAACCUUAUAUAUAGAAGCUGCACAUGCUACACUUAAAAGUGAACAUUUAGCAAAUGAUCAAGUAUUACAACAAUGUGAUAUUUAUGAACACUGGUGGAUCCAAGGUUACUAUAUAGAAUUUUUGGAACCAACACUCCCUGUAAAUAAUGUUUACACUAACCUUCAACCACUUCUUCAAUCUCUUGCACAAGCAUAUCAAUUCUGGCCACCAUACCAACAAUCUAUUAUCUAUACUUAA